AUUUCUAUGAAUUACAGAUAACGAUAUAGUUGUGUUUUGUUCACCUAAAGCCACUGUCAUAUGUUUAAUACACAGUCCGAAAACGCAAAUUCAAAUCUGCUAACCAAGACAGAUUUGAGUUUAGGAAGCUUAGCAGAUUUUGGUUACAAGUUGAAUUUUUUCAACGAAAGUUUAUUAGAAGACCUCAGAUGUGGUAUAUGUCAACUUGCCGUACACAAUGCAAUGCAGGUGCCUUGCGGGUGCCGGUUUUGUGCCAGCUGUAUUUUAAACCAGAAACAUGACAAUUCAGGAAAAUCAGCAUGUCCAAACUGUAAUGAAGAGUUCAGCAAAGACGAACUCGCUCCUGACCAUCAUGCUCGUAGACAAAUCUUAAAAGCAAUUAUAUACUGCCCUCAUAAGGACCAGGGAUGUGUCGAGACGUUUCCCCGGAAAGAACUUCAGCAUCACUUGGAAAGUUGUCCAUUUUCACCUGUCACUUGUUUGCAUCACGCACGAGGAUGUGCUACAAAGCUAAUGAGAAAGGACCUAAAGAAACAUCUACAAGCUCAGUGUGAACACCGAUUGGUUGAAUGUCAGUUUUGUAAAUCGGCCAUUCCACAUUCUGAUAUUGAGAACCAUAAAAAAUUCUGCCCAAAAUUGCCUGCUUCAUGUCCAAAUGACUGCGGGUUGAAAGAGAUCCAAAAAGAUAUGAUGGAAAAACAUCUGAAUGAAGACUGCCCUCAACAAGAAAGAAACUGUAAAUAUCAACAUUAUGGAUGUGAAUUUAAGGGUGCGCAAGUAGGAAUGGAAAAACACAUGGAAGGUAGUGUUAACCAGCACCUUGAUUUGCUAAUACUGGUCAUUGCACAAAUGAAUUUGAAAUUCUCUGAGUCCCUUCGCCAUAUAAGUGAGUUAGAAAGUCAGAGAAGUAUACAACAUGAGAAGGAAAAAGAACUUCUGAACCAAGUUACAUCUAUUAAGCAAACACAGAGAGUUAAAGAUGAACGUAUCACUAACCUGCAGAGACUAUUUGCCGGCCAUGCAGAUAACAUUGCAAUGUUGGAAGAUAAAAUAAAAGCUACUGCUGAUAAAAAGGACAUCGGAGAGCUUCGACAGCUGCUUGCAUCUCUCCAAGAUUCAACGAAAACGUUGACGAAGAAAGUGCAAGGAAUAGAACAGAAUAAUCAUCACAUUGGAGGCGCUGUAGCAAGACCCAAUUUGCCAACCCAAGUUCAGCUGACCAAGUUUGAAAAGGAAUUGGAUAUUCAGUCCGUGAAACUAUCUGAACAAGAUCUACGAUUCCAACUCUUGGAAACUGCUAGUUACGACGGGGUGUUACUAUGGAAAAUCUCGGGAAUACGUCGACGGAAGCAGGAAGCAGAUAGUGGAAAAAUUGUGUCCUUGUACAGCCAGCCAUUCUACACCAGUCGGUAUGGCUACAAAAUGUGUGCAAGGAUAUAUUUGAAUGGGGACGGGAUGGGGAAGGGGACUCAUGUGUCCCUCUUCUUUGUGGUCAUGAAAGGAGAUUAUGAUGCUCUUUUACAAUGGCCCUUCAACCAAAAGGUAACGAUGAUUCUGCUUGACCAAGAGACCGGAAAACGUAGCCUCACAGAUUCAUUUAAGCCUGACGGCAGAAGUAGCAGUUUUAAAAGACCAACUGGCGACAUGAACAUAGCUUCUGGGUGCCCUCUGUUUGUGUCACAACAAAUCCUCAAAGACUCCGCUUACGUCAGAGACGACACAAUGUUCAUAAAGAUGAUCGUUGAUACAUCUGACCUUUAUAUGUAACAAAUGGUAUUAAGGUUUCUUGGACCUGUUUUUUCAUUUCAUUUCAUUUCUUUAGGCACGAGGGCCAAGGAUAUGCCAAUAAGUGAACUUAAUCACUGUCCUACGUGGCA